AUGGACAUUGCACAUCCGGCGUGGCAAGUUGCUGCACAAACGAAACAACGGCAGCUCUGGUCGCAGGUUCCCGCAGAAUGGAAGCUCGACGGGGAUGUCGUAGCUGCCAUCGUACACACCAAUGUGAUCAACGUAGUUCCAAUGCAUCUCAGUCCAGCAGAACGCCGAAUCACGGAGCUACCGUUCUGCCGGUUGCUGGAAUGUCUCUCAAACGGCGAAAUCACUGCUCAGGAAGCGCUUUCCGCAUUCGCCCACCGCGCCGUCAUCUCGCACCAAUUUACACGUUGUCUCAGUGAACUCAACCUAAGGGCUGCUCAGCAGCGAGCACGUGAGAUUGAUUCCCACUGGCGGCAGCAUCGCUGCCCGAUAGGACCACUGCAUGGACUGCCCGUAAGCUUGAUGGACCGUUUUCAUGUUGGUGGUCUGGACAGCGCAUGCGGCUUUGCAAGCUGGGUUGGCACAACACGAACAAGCCAAGACGAAGGCGGAAUGGUUCACAGCUUGUCACAGCUAGGUGCAGUGAUAUUCUGCAAGACCAAUGUCCCAAUGAGCAUGAUGAUGGGCGAAACCACGAACAACAUCAUUGGACGCACGGUAAAUCCCUAUAAUCGUAAUCUCUCAGCUGGAGGUGCUUGUGGUGGUGAAGGUGCUUUGCUMGCCCUCAAAGGCUCUCCGCUUGGCAUUGGGACCGACGUCGCAGGUUCUGUUCGCAUUCCUUGUGUCUUCAAUGGGCUUUGGGGUCUCAAGUGCUCCGAAGGCCGUCUACCCCAAAAUGGAAUAUCUACCGUGCUUUCUGKGCUGCCCACCGCCUCCGGCAGUAUUGGUAUCAUGUCUGCUGAUUUUGGCGGUGUCUCGACAGUGUUCAAACGUCUGCUGGAUUCCAAACCAUGGGCGUCGAAUAUGUAUGUACUUGAGCUUCCUUGGAGACAAGAAAAAAUCGAUGCCAUUCGUCGACGCAAGAGCUCCAAUGGCUCCUCCGCAGAUGGUAAACUUGUAUUUGGGGUCAUGGAGUCAGAUGGCCAUGUCAAGCCUCAUCCGUCCACUGCAAGAGCAAUCUCUGUGACGACUCAGGCGCUUCAGCGCUGUGGCUACGAGAUUGUCAGUUGGAAGCCUCCGCCUCACGCCCCAGCUGUGACCAAUCUCUUCCAGAUCUUCGGCUCGACUUCUGCUAAAGAAGCACGCGAGGCCAUUGACGCCAGCGGAGAACCUCCUGUGGCUCAACUUUCAGACUGGUAUGAGCAAGGAAAYGUUCCACCCAACGAUACUGCGGAGUUCUGGGAUCUGUGUGCCCAACGCGACAAAUACCGUGCUCAAUUUGCAGCCUACUGGGCCUCAACCGGCGACCUUACACGGUACGGUCGCGUGCCCGACGGUGUCAUUCUACCUGCGGCGCCGACCACAGCGGUGCAGAGUGGCGAGUUUCAUUAUUAUGGCUAUUCUGCCAUAGCUAAUGUUCUGGAUUUCCCUUCUGGAACGAUUCCCAUCACAUUUGGGCAUCGUGAUCUGGAUGAGAUGGAGGAGCGAACGACUUUGAAUGACCUGGAUGAAAAGGUGCAUAUGUCUUUUAACAAGGACGACUCACACGAUAUGCCUGUUGGACUGCAAGUCAUGUGCCCGCGCUUGCAGGAAGAGCAGGUGUUGGCUCUGAUGGAAGCUAUUGCCGAGGCUUUGGCCCAUACGGCCUGA